AUGGAAAUCCUGUGGAUGAGAGAUGUACAAUGGUGUUCACCGAUACACAAUGAUAAAAAGAGAAUGUUUGGAAACCAAUAUUUGAACACAGGACUGAAGUGUUAUAAGGAUCAAUCCAGUAUGCUAAAAUUAUCCAUUAACCAAGAGCUGCACCGUUUAGUUGUUGAAGAAUAUCCGCAAGUGUUAGCAGUAACUGCAAGACUUGAAGCUGGAACAAACCUAACAAAGAUCAUCAUUCUCUUUACCAAAUCUGCAGCUCUCACUUGUGUACUGAUUGCCUACCUCGAGUUGGUGGAGAAUGAAAACAAUGUGACAGAAUUCAUUCUAUUGAGACUCACACAGGACCCAAGGAUGCAGAAAAGUAUCUCUGUUGUCUUUUUAAUAAUCUACAUCGUCACCGUGGGAAACCUGAUCAUUGUGGUCUUUGGAGAGCAUUUUAUUGGCGGGGCUGAGACCAUUCUCCUCACGGUGAUGGCCUAUGCCCAUUCCGUGGCGAUAUGUAAGCCAUUGCACUACACUACCAUCAUGAGCAGACAUCUCUGUAGAUCACUGGUGGCUGUGGCCUGGGCCAGAGGCUUUCUUCACGCCACAAUUCAAAAUAUCUUCAUGGCACAUUUACCAUUUUUUGGCCCCAAUGUCAUCGACCACUUUAUGUGCGAUUUAUACCCUUUGCUGAAACUGCUCUGCUCCGAUACUCACACCUUGAGCGUGCUGGGUGCUGCUACCAGUGGUGGCAUGUGCGUGUUAAUCUUUGUCCUGUUGAUGAUUUUCUAUGCCUUCAUCUUGCACUCCCUGAAGACCCACAGUGCCGUGGGUAGACUCAAAGCUCUCUCCACCUGUGCCUCCGACUUCAUCGUUGUCAUCUUCUUCUUUAUUCCGUGCAUCUUUGAAUAUGUGCAGCACACAACUUCCUCAUCCAUUGACAAGGCUGUUGCAGUAUUUUAUAUUAUGAUAACCCCCAUGCUAAAUCCCUUCAUCUACACAUUGAGAAAUGCAGUGAUGAUAAAAGCCAUUAAAAUGUCACUAAGCAAAACAGUGUCUUUUGCCCUUGAAUAA